AUUCGAGUCAUUCACAUUUGAGAUAUAUGGUCUGAUGAACCUUGCCAAGCUAAACCGCGUGUUCAUUCAUUCACAUUUGAGAAUCCUCCUCAGCUGUAGAAGCAGAAGAUGAUGGCGAUGCAGAGAAGAGUUUGUUCUGCCAUAAUUCUUUCCAUUGCUCAGUCUCAGGAAGCAGCAGCAGCUUCAUUAGGUACCACUGCUACUGCUAGGUGUACUACUCUUGCGUCAUUUCUCUUUGCAUUCCCAAACCCUAAAGCCCAAUUAACUUUUUAUUCUGCUGUUAGUGGCAAAGUUAAGAGUUAUCCUGGAAAAGCUCUGAAGUUUCAACCGGGAUUGAGGAAUGAUAUUAAUAAUGUCGACAGUCUUGAUGAUGCUCUGAGCUUGUACCGGCAGAUGGUCCGGAUGAGGCCUCUGCCUUGUGUUAUUCAGUUCAAUCAAUUGCUGGACCGUAUUGUUAAGAUGAAGAAUCAUUAUGUAUCUGCUAUUUCCCUUUUUAGAGAUAUGUGUGUCAAGGGCAUUCCUGCUUAUGAGGCCACCCUUAAUGUUGUGAUUAAUUGUUACUGCCUCUUGGGUCGAGUGGAUUUGGGGUUUCCUGUGUUGGCUGCUUUCAUGAAGCGUGGUCUUGUUGCUGAUGUAGUCACUUUUAGUACUCUACUCAAAGGACUCUUUCGAGAACAUAGGGUCCCCCAGGGACAAGAAUUGUUUAAGAAGAUAAUAUUCGAAAAACUUUGCAAGCCUGAUGAAGUUAUGUUUCUGAUUGUGAUAGAUGGGCUCUGUAAGUUGGGGAACAUUCAAAUGGCCAUUGAAUUCCUGAGAGUCAUGGAAAAAAGAAGAUGUAAGCCGCAUGUUAAAGUGUUCAAUACCAUCAUUGACAGCUUUUGCAAAGAUAAAAUGGUUGACGAAGCUCUUGCCCUUUUGCAGGAGAUGAUUGAAAAGGGCAUUCCCCCAAAUGUUGUCACUUACAGUUGUUUGAUUCAAGGUCUGUGCAACUUAAGCAGAUGGGAGGAUGUUGGCAAGAUCUUUUCUGAGAUGAAGGUUUAUAAAAUUAUUCCAAAUGUUAUUACUUUCACUAUAGUGGUGGAUGCACUGUGUAAGGAAGGGCAUAUAGAAGAUGCUGAAGAGGUAUUCCAGAUCAUGAUCCAGCAAGGUCAAAAUCCCAAUCUGGUCACAUACUGUUCCUUAAUGGAUGGGUACUGUUUACAGAGGCGAAUAGAUGACGCAAGGAGAGUUUUCAAUACCAUGGUUGCUAGCGGCCUUACACCUGAUCUCCAUAGCUAUGGUAUUCUAAUAAAUGCCUAUUCCAAGACCAAGAAAAUGGAAGCAGCCAUGAAUCUCUUUCGAGAGAUUCAGCAUAAAGGUUUAAAACCUAAUAUUGUUGUUUAUACCACUGUCUUGCAGGGGUUAUUUAGUUCAGGAAGGUGUCUUAGUGCACGAGAAAUUUUCAACGAGAUGCAAGCUUCUGGCAUGAAGCCUGAUUUUCAUACUUACUGUGUGGUGUUGGAUGGAUUAUGCAAGACUGGACAUGUCGACGAAGCAUUGCAGUUAUUCCAUGCAAUGGAAGCUGAUGGAACAAAUAUUCACAUUGGAAUGUACAAUAUCAUGCUUGAUGGGUUGUGCAAAAGCAGGAGGCUCGAUAGCGCUCGAGAACUUUUCAACAAUCUCUCCCUUAAAGGAUUGGAUCCUGAUGUUAGAAUAUACAACACCAUGAUUGCUGGUCUGCUUUCAGAAGGUCUGCUCAUCGAAGCCAAAGAGCUUGUAAAAAAGAUGGAGGGGAAGGGUUGCCUGCCAAAUGAUUUUACAUACAAUAUUAUACUGCAAGGACUCCUUAAGGGAGGUCAUUAUGAUGAUGCGAUGGUCUAUUAUGAAGAAAUGGUUCAUAGAGGAUUCUUGCUGGAUGCAUCUACUUUUUCCAUUUUACUUGAUUCAUCUGCUGAAAAUCAGAACAAUUCUUCUCUAUUAAUGUUGAUGCUGAAGAUUGAUCCUGAUUGCAAGAAGCUUAUGGAUGGGGGACAAAGAGGACCUUCACAUUAGUUGCAACAUGUUGGUCCUGCUAUUUAUUUUGGCCCCUGAACUUUAAUUUGCAGGAACUAACAUUAUUUAGGUUUGAAUUGGAUCCUGUUGUCACUUAUCGUCUUUGAUGCAACUGAGCCUUAAAGGAGAUCUCUUGGUCAUAUUUUGUGAAACACCUCCACAGUCUUUAGUUUGGUGGAGAAGCUGCAUUACUUAGGGAAGUUCAAUUGACAAGUGUGGCAGAUCAAAGAAAUCUGCUGCCGUUAAUUGGAUUUGUACCACUUCUUCAAAAAGACUUCUUGUUGAUCUUUCCAUGGAGAACCUCAGUGUGGCAUAUCACUUAAAUGGGGAGCAGUGGAAUUUGUAUCGCAGACUGAAGAUUUGAUGUCAGCUCAGACUUGAUAGAGACAGCUUACUAGGUAUUGAAACAUAUGGAAAUAGUUAUGAUGAAUUUUACAUGAAAGGAAUUGGCUGAAGUGAUCAAGACUAAUUUUUUACAUCAGGGAAGAUUUUUUAACUUCAAACCAUGUCUUAGAUAAUGUUAGUUUAAAUUGAAUUGUGAGAAAAUUAAGGGAAAGUCUUAAUUUUAAUUUAUUUUAUUUUAUUCCUCGGUGACAAACAUUGAAUGACAAGUCUUGCAUUGAAUUUUAUGCAAGAGAUCUGUUUUACAACGGUUCAAAAUCAUGUUUAUUAACUGUCCUAUGGACAACUUAAUUAUCUUUUCUAAUAGCUUUAGAGGAGGAUUCACAAUUUUGUGCAACAACAUCCAAAUUGUUAGACCGAAAAACUAAUCUUGUUUCUGGAUGCAGGAAAAAAGUUUGUGAUAAAAGCUUUCUGUAAAUGGGAUUUUUUGUAGUUGCAUUUAUUUUGUGUAGCUGGUUCAGUUUGUGAAGAAUUUCAUCACAAUAUUCAUUCCUACAGUAUGCAGUAAAUUUGAAUUAUUUACUGGAAAGAUACAAGCAAUAGAAUGGAAAUAGUGAAUGUUUAUCUUGAAUACCAGUAACCAUUUUUUGUUUGUCAUAAAAUUCUUUGACAAGGUAUUAUUGGUCACUGAGGUGGAAUUGGGAGAUAUUCAUUGAUUUUGCUAGUUAUGAUUGGGCAUGAUCUGCAGUGAUAUGAAUGACCUUUCAGUAAUUGUAUAGUAUCUAUUUGUGCCUGUGAUAAACCUCAAACCUGGAGAAAAAGGCCUGGACUGACCUAGUAGACAAGAAUUUCUUUUGAUACAGCACAUGGCCUGGAGUACCUGCAUGAGCAUUGCAAUGGUAUAAUUUUCACCCUGAUUUAAAGCCUGGAAACGUCCAUCUGGAUGAUAACUUGGAAGCUUUCUUCGGUGGAUACAAAAUUAUCAGAUUGCAACUUAAAUCCAGGGAACUGUGGGACACAUUGCCCUUGAAUAGUUGUAUGUUCCUGCUGUGGUCUUAUCGGUGCAUUAAUGAAAUGGCUUAUGUUUAUAUCUACUGGGGCUGCUGCAAUUUUUUCUGUACACCAUAGAGCCUUCAUGGCACCCACUGAGUUGCACUGAAGGAAACCCCAAUCUUGAUGAACUUCGGUCUAACAUCCAAUCCAAAGCCAGCUUUAAGUUGAAAGGCAUUUGUCCUGAGAUACCGGUCCAAACCAUUUUGUGAAUUGGAUUGUGGUUAGUCGUUGGACCAAGUUCAUCUAAAUCUGAGCUGGAAUGGAUGUGCAUUGCUUUUUUGGAGAACUUCGUGCAUUUCUGCUCGUAAGUAUGUGUCCGCUAGUUGAAACUAAGUUGUUGAAUGAUUACUUGUCCAGGACAUUUGCAUAUCUGUUGUUUAUCUUUCCCAAUUCUACUUGAUUCUUCUUUCGUUUAGUACUGCCGUCAGUUAUAGUUUGUCUUUGACCAUGGAAAGGCAGAGUUUGUGUGUGAUUGUGAUGACUGAUAUUCAUCCUGCAAGUUUGGGGUGUUUUCUUUUUUUUUUUUUUUGGGCCCCCUUUUAUAAUGGGAAGAGUUCUAGAAUUGAAAUCUUGAUGCAUUUCGGUGGUUUAUUUUAUUAUCUUUAUUUUCAUAUGUUUAAAAGAGGCUAGGGUCAUAAAUGUGUCAUGAAAUUCACUGGUUUCUUUUGGGUAGGAGUGAGCAAACGGUGCAUAUUCGGUAAUUCGGUUAUAUGAAUUCGGUAAAUUCGAUUAUUGGACUUAUGGAAAUCUAAACCGCUUUCAAAUUCGAAUUGAAAAUACCUGAAUUCAUUCAAUUCCGAAUUUGAAUUCGAAAACGGUAAUGAAUUCGGGUAAAUCGAAUUCAUUUUUAAAAAAAAUUUGCUGAAUCCUUUAAUUGCAGUUUUCGGCCUAAUUAAAAUAAUAAGUAUUAUAGUUAUACUAUAUAGUUAUGUAUUAUACCUAUACUUAAUUAAAUAUUAUCUAAUUCUAGUCAUGUAUAAAAUAAUAAGUAUUUUGGUUAUGUUAUGUAUUGUUGUAUAUUUGUAUUAUUAUAGUCAUAUAACAAUUAACAAAUACUAAAAUAGUAGAUUAUACAUCAUUAUAUAUUAUUAUUAUCAUAAGUACAUGACAAUACCAUAUACUAACUAUUAUUAAUAGCAUUUACCUACAUAAUAUAAUAAUAUAUUAGUAGUAUAUACUAAUACUAAACCAAUUCUUUAUAAACGAAUUCGAAAUCGGUUAUUACUAAAUUCAUAAUUUCAUUACCUAUUUCAUACCAUAUUAGAAUUCGGUGAAUUCGGUAAAUAUUGCUUUUGUACCAAAUUAUCAAAUACCCAAUUUCAAAUUAUCAAAUUGAAUUUGAAUUCGAGUAUGAAUUCGGUACAAACCGAAUUUGCUCACCCCUACUUUUGGGAAUGUCUUGAACGGAUUCAGCUUUCGUUUAAAGGUGGUUGUCUGGAUGUCCGUGAAUCCUCAGAGUUUGUCUUUCCCCUUGUUUGCAGAAGCUAUUGCUUCUUUUCUUCUUUAGAGGAUUGAAUAACAAUUUGACAUCCUGAUUCCUGUAUACUGCGAAUGUUUGGCAUUCUGGCAACUAGAUCUGUUUAACUAUUUUUGGAGGCAGUUGCCAUGCUUAACAUUAUUUCUGAAUUCUCAACUUUCCAAGAUUGCAGAGUAUCUUCAAAUGCUAAGGCGCAGGAAACAUGCAGGCAUAAAGUGUGAUUUUUUUUAAGCUCAAAAAAAGUAUGAUUUUUUGAUUUAGUUUGUUUUAUGAGCAAGGUUAUAAUUUGUUAUUUUUCAUACCUUAACCGAUUUGGUGAAUUUAAAAAGUCUCAACGUGAUUUUUAAAGAAUCACAAAUCAAAACAGCCAUCAUCUCCCUCCCUCCCUCCCUCAAAAGGAUCGAAAGUGAUGCUCAACCUCAUCCUUGGUGAAUCAAACUUGCAUCCUGUAGGUGAAGAGUAAACUCAUGAAAUAUUUUAGUGUAUGUAUUUUGUAAAUGAAUUUACUUGGACCAAUACAUGAUUUUCUUUUAGGGUUCGUUUGGUUCCCCAUAGAAUUGGGGUUUAGAAUUGGAAUUGGGGUCCCAAUUCCAAUUCUUCAGUUUGGACACCGGCAAUGCCAGAAAAUUAGAAUUCAAUUUGAAUUCUACGAGCCAUCAAUUCCACAAAUUCAAUUCUUUGGUAAGACCUAAGAAUUACAAUUCCAAUUCCAUAAUUUCACCUCCUAUUCGGGUUAGUACGCGGAUCCUAAUGGGUAAAAAAUUAAAAUCGGGUCAACUAUGUGAGCAGCCCUCUCUCGCGAUCUAAUUAGUCACUUUUCCUCAACCGCAAGUGCUUCUUCUGUGCGUCAUCCCCUUCACCGUCACCCUAACAUUUUGUCUCUUCCACCACCGUCUCCGGCAUCGCUCUGCCACGCAUCUACCCAUCACUUCAGCAAUCGCAAGACUGCUCCGAACUGGGUUCUUCAGUCCGGAAGUGAUUUGAUGUCUCUCAGAUCGUACCAGUGAAUCGGCCCUCUCACCUUACUUCAGUACUUACUACCUGCUUUGGUAAUUUGGAUGGGGUGGAAGUCCCUGGGAUGGCAUUUUUGUUUUUGAUCGCCUUGCAUGAUUUCAAUGGCUCGAGUCUUGCCUUGAUGUUUGCCUCUGCCAUUCAUAAAGUUUAGUUUAUUAGUGCAUGGUUUCGGUGGUAAGUUUGCCCUUCGCUAGGUUUUUCAUAACUUACUUGGAUGCACAGAGUGUAAGAGGAGGAGUAGAUUAGUAUUUUAUCUUACUUGGAAGAAAAAGAAGAAGGAAAUUGGUCCAGAAACUGAUCAAAUCACUUUUAUGCUGCCUGCAACAAGAGUAUUUUCUAACAUUUAGACUAGACUGUUUUAUGAUUUCAUUCUGUAAGGGAGGCCUACCUCAUCGAAAAUUUUGUUGAGAACUUCUUAUGUUACAUGGUCACAUAUAUAAACUUAAAAACUUACAUCGAACCAAAUGCUUUGGGUCCAAAAUGGAAGAUAGGAAGGUGUGGAAAAUACAAAAAAUCAGAUUCAGUUUACCAUGUACUUUUAGGAAUUGGCAUUAGGUUACUGAAAUUUUGUCAUUACUCCCUCAACCAUUUAAACAUUAAAGGAAAGAAAUUGGAACCGGAGGCUCCACAAUGUUGUCAAAUUUGGUGCCCAAUUUGACAAAGCCGGUACAUCUACAUGUUGGUAAACAGAGGAAGGAUCAUGGAUGGUUUGGACUCAGAAUUCUAUAUUGAUACUCGUCCAAGCAUGAGUGAUGCUGAGGACGCAUAGAUUACUGUUAUCGUUUAUUGUACAUGUUAGAUAAUGUAGUGAAUUUGGAGAACCUUGGCUUCCAGUCAAUAGAUAAGUCCUGUGUAUGUACGUUGUCGCAGUUAUUCAACUAGAGUUUGAUAUAUAGAUGUAUGCUAAAAUAGUUUUACCAGCAAUUACCAAGGUCUUUUAUGUUUUAACUGGUGCUUGAGACUUCUUUGAAGUUGUUAAUUCACAUAUGCAUGAAGGUCAUUAAGUAAAAAUUUGAUUUUUGCCUGCAGCUUGGAUGUUUGGCAUGCUUUGA